UGCGCUGGGGCAGCCGCAGCUUGGCCUUCUGAGGCUGUGCAGUGGUCCACACGGCGUGCCGCGGAGUUAGUGUAGCGGCAAGGUUUGCAGGUGUGGUCUGGCCCCUCGGGAGCGCGGGGAGAGCACGGAGGGGCUGAACGGCCUGGGACAGCUGCUCUGGCCGAGGUCCCUUCUCCCCGUGGUCACCUUGGGGCGGGGAUGAGGCGCGCACAGGUCUGCCCUGCAGGCGCGUCACUCACUCCUCCGGCCAGCUGCCUGGCGCUCAGGGAGGAUGCCUACUGAGACCUACUUUGGCACUGGCGUCAUGGAAUCAGUCACCUUUGAGGAUGUAGCAGCAGGGCUCGUCCAGGAAUGGGAGUUGCUGGACGACGCGAGGAGGAACCUGUACAGAUAUGGAAUACUAAACACCUGUCAGACCCUGGCUCCUAGGGGGACACUACCAUGCAAACCCAGGCUUGCCUCCCAGGUGGGGCCAAGAGAAGAGUUGAGGGCAGCAGAACAAGGCAUUCUCCGUGCCAUGGGUGUGGACUGGGAAUCUCAACCUAAACGCAAAGAGUCUACUGCUAUGCAGGAUAUUUUGGAGGAAAAUUCAUCCUAUGAUUUGCAAAUGGAGCCAGGACUGGACCUGAGGAUCCAGACCUGGUCCAUGAUGGGGGUGAGGGGGAUAUUUUCAUCUUCUGAGGACCAGCCAGCUAUCUGGGAGUUGUCUUGGCCUUCUGGAUACAGAGGGCUGAAGGUGGCUGUGCAGAUUCAAAGGGUGGCCACACCGGACGCUGCACUGGGCAUCCCUGACCCCUGGGGGGCCAGGGCUUCUGCUCUGCCCGCUCAGGACCUAGAGUGGCAGCAGGAGGAGAGAGUGGAUAAAGAAGCUGUGGUUCCCAGGAUGCCAUCCACCAGUGUACAGGAAACAGUCACCUUUGCAGACGUGACCGUGCUCUUCACCCCUGAAGAAUGGAGGUUUCUAGACUCUGCGCAGAGAAGCCUGUACAGAGACGUGAUGCUGGAGAACUACAGGAACCUGGCCUCAGUGGGAGGUCAACUAUGUACACUCAGUACCUUUUCCUAUUUGGGACAAACAGAAGCGAUGUGGACCACUGAGAGAGAAAUAUUCCCAGGAGCCAGAACAGAACCUCAGCUUCAACCCCAAGAGUCCAUUGUUAACCAAGGUAUUUUUGCAGAGAUCCCAUCCAUUGGUCUGAGAAAGGAGCAGUCUCCACCUGGAGAAAAACUCUUCACAUAUAAUGAACCUGGGAAAACCUUCAACAGCAUUAAACAACUUUUUCAGUAUGAGAGAAUUCAUGCUGGAGGCAACCCCUACAAGUGCCAAGAGGAUGGGAAAACCUUCCAGACUACUCACCUAAUAGUGGGUGAGAAGAUCCAUAAUGGAGAUAAAACCUACGCUUGUAACAGAUGUGAAAAAUCCUUCAGAUACAGCUCCGACCUUAUCAGGCACGAGAAGACCCAUACCUCAGAGAAGUACUUUGAAUGUGAGGAGUGUAGGCAUGCCUUCAAGUACUCCUCAAAUCUGCGUCGCCACAUGAGGACUCACACUGGAGAGAAACCCUUCAAGUGCAGUCAGUGUGGGAAAACCUUCACGAGGAACUUCAAUCUGAUUUUGCACCAGAGGAACCACACGGGUGAGAAGCCCUAUGAAUGUAGGGACUGUGGGAAAGCUUUUAACCAGCCAUCCUCUCUGAGGAGCCACAUGCGGACUCACACUGGAGAGAAGCCCUUCAAGUGCAGUCACUGUGGGAAAGCCUUUAGGGAGCAUUCGUCCCUGAAGACUCAUCUGCGGACUCACACCAGAGAGAAACCAUAUGAAUGCAGCCAGUGUGGGAAGCCCUUUCGGACGAGCACCCAUCUGAAUGUUCACAAGAGGAUCCACACGGGGGAGAAACUUUAUGAGUGUACUACCUGUGGUCAGGUGUUGAGUCGUCUCUCCACCCUCAAGAGUCACAUGCGAACCCACACUGGAGAGAAGCCCUACGUAUGCCAGGAAUGCGGGCGAGCCUUUGGUGAGCCCUCAUCCCUCAGGAAACACGUGAGGACCCAUACUGGCAAGAAACCGUAUGCAUGUCAGCUAUGUGGGCGGGCCUUUGGCCAGUCUUCACACCUCAUGGUGCAUGUGAGAACCCACACCGCAGCGAGACCCUAUGAAUGUAAUCAGUGCGAGAAGGCCUUCAGGCACAGCUCUUCACUUACUGUGCAUAAGAGGACCCACGCCAGGAGAGAAAACGUCGGUAAUGGCGGCCUGUCUUUAUCAGCAUCUCAUUCAUUUGGUGGGCCCCUUGCUAAUUAACUUCUAGUUUGUAAAAAGAGACACGUUUGAGCCUGUGAUCAUCUCUCAUAGUACUCAUUUAGCUCCUAUAUCACUUGUUUUGGUGUCUAAUUUUACUUUUGUUAGAUUCCAUAUAUUGUCUUAGUCGCCAUUUUGAUUAAAUCUUUGACACGUA